ACACUCAAAUUCCUCAAAACACACACAAAAUCUCCAAUUACCAAUAGCCUUUAACUUUUAGAUUUCUCUCCAUUUGUACACAAUUUUGGCCUAGAACAACAAAAACUUAUGGCUACAUCAUCGGCAAUUUCUUCUGCAAUAUCUCAAAAUAGACCUAGUCGAAAACCCAACAUUACUAAUUGCUCUCUCCACACUCCUUCCACUCUAAAUUUCCCUAAAAAGUCUUCUAAAAUCACUCUCUCCCCACCUUCACCUACUAUUCCCACUCCUACUCCAAAAAAACACAACUCAUUGCCGCCCCGAAAACCAUGGAAUCUCUUACAAAAAGCUGCAUCCUUAGCUUUAGAUGCUGUUGAAAAUGCUCUGAUUUCACAUGAACAGCAACACCCUUUACCUAAAACUUCUGACCCAAGUAUCCAAAUCUCUGGUAAUUUCUCCCCUGUUCAAGAACAACCCGUAGUCCACAAUUUACCCGUCACUGGUGAAAUCCCAGAUAGCAUUCGCGGCGUUUAUCUUCGAAACGGGGCGAACCCGCUUCACGAGCCAGUUGCUGGUCAUCAUUUCUUUGAUGGUGACGGUAUGGUUCAUGCGGUUCGGUUCGAUACGGGAGGGUCAGUAAGUUAUGCCUGCAGGUUCACUGAGACUAAUAGGCUUGUUCAAGAACGUGAACUUGGACGGCCAGUUUUUCCUAAGGCCAUUGGUGAACUUCAUGGACACUCUGGGAUUGCUAGAUUGUUGCUGUUUUACGCUCGUGGAGCUUGCGGCCUGGUCGAUCCGAGCCAUGGCACGGGCGUUGCGAACGCUGGUCUUGUUUAUUUCAAUGGCCGUGUUCUUGCUAUGUCCGAAGAUGACUUGCCUUACCAUGUUCGUGUUCUUCCUUCUGGGGAUUUAGAAACUGUUAUGCGUUACGAUUUUGAUGAGCAGCUUAAUGGUACUAUGAUCGCUCAUCCGAAAAUUGAUCCGGUUUCGGGUGAAUUGUUUGCUCUUAGUUAUGAUGUUGUUCAGAAACCGUAUUUGAAAUACUUCAGAUUCUCUCCUGACGGUAAGAAGUCUCCGGAUGUCGAAAUCGAGCUUGAUCAGCCGACUAUGAUGCAUGAUUUCGCUAUCACGGAGAAUUUUGUUGUUAUUCCUGAUCAACAAGUGGUGUUUAAGUUGCCUGAAAUGAUCCGCGGGGGCUCUCCGGUUGUUUAUGACAAGAACAAGACGUCCAGGUUCGGGAUUCUCGAUAAGAAUGCCGAUAAUGGUUCGGAUAUUAAGUGGAUUGAAGCGCCGGAUUGCUUCUGUUUUCAUCUGUGGAAUGCGUGGGAGGAGCCAGAGACCGACGAGGUUGUCGUGAUUGGAUCUUGUAUGACUCCUCCUGAUUCAAUUUUCAAUGAAUGUGAUGAGAAUUUACAAAGUAUUCUAUCAGAAAUCCGGCUGAAUUUGAAAACUGGCGAGUCAACUCGUCGUGCAAUCAUUUCCGAAGACGAACAAGUUAAUUUAGAAGCAGGUAUGGUGAAUCGUAACUUGCUUGGAAGAAAGACACGGUUCGCGUACUUAGCCCUGGCCGAGCCAUGGCCUAAAGUAUCGGGAUUUGCUAAAGUAGACCUUUCCACUGGAGAAGUACACAAGUACAUCUACGGAGACAACAAAUUCGGCGGUGAGCCUCUGUUUCUCCCGAUCGACGAUGAUGAUAGUCGUAAGAAAGAGGAUUCCGGGUAUAUUUUAUGCUUUGUACAUGACGAAAAUGAAUGCGAAUCCGAGCUACAAAUAGUGAAUGCAACCAGUUUGAAGCUAGAGGCAACAGUUAGCCUUCCGUCCCGAGUUCCUUACGGGUUUCAUGGCACAUUUAUCAGUGCUAAUGAUUUGAAAAAGCAGGCGUAGUCGUCGAGAUUCCGGCGAUUGAAGAGAAGAGAUUUACCAGAGGGAUGUUUGCAGAUAUGUCCCCGGGUCUACUUCUCUAUUACAGUAUUAUUUAUGAUCCUGUUUUUAGUGUUAAGUGUUAGAGUGAGAGGUUUUGGGAGACCAGUUUGUAGCUUUUGGGUAUAGCUAGAUUUGAGCUCAGCUGGUUUCUACAUAUUUUUUCACUCUUGAUGUGCAUAUUUUAUACACACCUUCAAUACUCUGUUUUCCUCUGUAAAUUCUGUGAUUUUAUGAAAUGCAUACCACUUUUUGUCUUUGCAUUA